AUGCAGGCGCUGGGCAAUCAAAUCGGCUACAAGGUCCGCAACAUCUCGCAUCAUGGCCAGCCCACCAUCGUGAUCGAUCUCAACGACAGCAAUGGCCACUGCCACAAGUUCAUCACCAGCUAUUCUUCCAUGGAUACAAUCGAGGGAACAGUCACCAUCACUGCACCGCACGACACUCGUUUUGAGGACAUCGACAUCGCAUUCACUGUAGUCUCGGAUCACAUACGCGACGUACAUCUCUCACUACCACCCAGCAUUGGCGAUCCCGAUCUUGCUGGUUUUGGCAGUACACUGCUUGAUGACCUUGCGCCGGAAAUGUCAAAGAUCACCUACGGAAUCCAAGUCAAAAUCGCGCACACUCGCGGAUCAGAAGGCAUCUCGGUGCUUGCUGAUAAGCUGAAGAAAGUGCGCGUGAAGCCAGCCUUUGCAGAGCAGCCCCCACUGAACAUUGAUCACAACGACGAGUACCGAUCGCGACAGGAAAAGACAGUCAAGAAGGGUUUGUUCAAAGGAAAGCUCGGGACAUUAUCUGCGAAGACUAUCCAGCCGCCACCUCUUGUCAUUCCUGGCGCAAGAUCAACAGAGGGCAGAACGAUCACGACUAUGGCCAAGUUAGUUCUCCGUUUUGAUCCCACAGAGGAGACCAGCGCACCACCGAAACUCGGUUCAUUGGGGACAAAGUUGAAGGUCGUGACCUACUACGCCUCAGCUCCUAGGCAGAAUCUACCAACGCGGUCUACGCUCGGGUUCGAUCUGUCGCAAGGCCUAUACUCCGAGUACGUGCCGCUGUCCAACCUUUGCAUCGCCUCCGCCCAGUGGGAAAAGCACGAUGCGGCACAAAACCCUAGUCCAGAAAGCCUGGUUCGACGCGACUCCGGCAUUAGCGAUUGCUCAACUCUGAGCGAAGCGGAGAAGGCCUUCGCGAUUGGCAUCCUACCUGCAUCCAAGGAUUACAAGCAAGGUGUCUUCUUCACAGCGCAGAUCUUGGUGCCAAUCACCCUUCCCAUGACACAAAACUUCAUACCGACCUUUCAUUCCUGCCUUAUCUCACGAACAUACACCCUCGCGCUGCAGUUCUCCGCCCACGGAAGCUCCAGUAUACAUCUGAAGGUCCCGAUCCAGAUCUGCGCCGAAGGCAGUGAUACUGGUAUUGAGAAUGCUAGGGCGAGGAGUGUCGAGGAGACGGCAUUCAGAGCUGCCUCUGAUGUCUUUGCUCCACGCAGUGUUGCACCUCCAAGCCCUGAGACGGCUCGCAGCGCGAGUGUUGGUACGCGAGAAGAGAUGCCGCCCGGCUAUUCGGCUUUUGCGCCGCCCAGCACGAGGUACAGCGUGAGCCAUUCUAUCGUUACCUGA